CUCCACCACCAUGAGCUCCGCGCCGCGCCGCCGGGCGCAGUUCCGCCCCUGCAUCGACCUGCACAACGGCACCGUCAAGCAGAUCGUCGGCGGCACGCUCUCGGCGCUGCCCGAGGAGCUGCGCACCAACUGGCAGUCGCAGCAGCCGGCGUCGUUCUACGGCGCGCUCUACCGCCGCCACGCCCUCACCGGCGGGCACGUCAUCAAGCUCGGGCCGGGCAACGACGCCGCGGCAGCAGAGGCGCUGCAGGCGUGGCCGGGCGCGCUGCACGUCGGCGGCGGCAUUACGUGCGACAAUGCGCUCGAGUGGCUGGACAAGGGCGCCGAGAAGGUCAUCGUGACGUCGUACCUCUUUCCGGGCUGCAAGUUCUCGCUCGAGCGUCUGCAGGAGCUCGAGCGGCUCGUGGGCAAGGAGCGUCUCGUCGUCGACGUCAGCUGCCGGAAGAAGGACUCGCGCUGGAUCGUCGCGAUGAACCGCUGGCAGGACCUGACUGACCUCGAGGUCACGGCGGAGAGCCUGCGCAUGCUCUCGGAGCACUGCAGCGAGUUUCUCAUCCACGCGGCCGACGUCGAGGGGCUGUGCCAGGGCAUCGACGAGGAGCUCGUCGCGCGGCUGGCCGAGUGGUCGCCGAUCCGCUGCACGUAUGCGGGCGGCGCGCGGCACAUGCAGGACCUUGAGCUCGUGGACCGGCUGAGCGGGGGCAAGAUCGACCUGACCUUUGGCAGCGCGCUCGACAUCUUUGGCGGCACGGGCGUGACGCUCGACGAGCUCGUCGCCUGGAACAAGGCCUCGCCGCAAUAG